CACCCCACCAAAUGCCCCAUGAUGAUAAUAUAAUGAUUGUACACAUAUGGCCUAAAGGCUAAUAGAACCCCACAGGUUAACUCGUAAGUAGAUGGAAGAAGCAUUGUUGGGAGAGAAGAGGGGAAGAUGGGAUGUGUUUGUGGAAGAGUUGAAGAAGGUGAGCUAUAUAGCUAUACCCAUGGUGGUUGUCACUGUUUCACAGCACCUUUUGAGGGUUGUUUCCAUGAUGAUGAUAGGCCACCUCAGUGAGCUUUCCCUCUCUGGUGCUGCUAUUGCUACCUCUCUCACCAAUGUUACUGGCUUCAGUCUCCUUUUUGGAAUGUCUAGUGCUUUAGAGACUCUCUGUGGGCAAGCAUAUGGAGCUAAAGAAUACCGGAAGCUAGGAAUCUACACGAAUGGGGCCGUUAUAUCUCUCCUUGUGGUUUGCAUACCAAUAUCUAUCCUAUGGCUUUUUGUGGAAAAACUUCUUACACUCAUAGGUCAAGACGCUCUUAUAUCCAGAGAAGCAGGAAAUUAUACGAGUUGGCUGAUUGCCACUUUAUUUCCUUAUGCAAUUCUACAAGCAUUGGUGCGGUACCUGCAGACUCAAAGCUUGAUUCUUCCAAUGCUUAUGAGCUCAAUUGCGGCUCUCUGCUUUCACGUGCCUCUCUGUUGGGCUCUUGUAUUCAAGCUAAAUUUAGGAAGUGGUGGAGCUGCAAUUGCAAUUGGUUUAUCUUAUUGGUUCAAUGUGUUCCUGCUUUGUCUAUAUGUGAAAUACUCUUCCUCUUGUGACAACACUCGCCUCUGUUUCUCAAAAGAAGUUUUGCCCAGCACAAAGGAAUUCUUCCAUUUGGCUAUCCCUUCCGCUAGCAUGGUUUGUCUUGAAUGGUGGACAUCUGAGAUAGUGAUACUGCUUGCUGGUCUCUUGCCAAAACCUCAACUUGAGACUUCAGUGCUUUCAAUAUGCCUCUUAAUUUCUUCGCUUCAUUAUUUCAUACCAUUUUCCAUUGGCGCUGGUGCAAGCACUAGAGUUUCUAAUGAACUAGGUGCUGGGAAUCCUGAGAUAGCUAGAAUGUCUGUCUUGUCAGUAAUUGUACUUGGACUGGCAGAGGUCAUCGUUGCAAGUAUUGUUCUUCUUUGCUCCUGUCGCGUUCUGGGAUAUGCGUUCAGUAAUGAGAAGAAAGUUGUGGAUUAUCUCAGAGACAUGACUCCACUUCUUUGCCUCUUGAUUGGGACAGACUGCAUUCAGGCCGUACUUUCUGGUGUUGCAAGAGGAAGUGGGUGGCAGCAUUUGGGAGCCUAUGUUAAUCUUGGUUCAUAUUAUCUUGUUGCAAUCCCAGUAGCCGUAUUGUUGGGUUUCUUUCUCCAUUUAAAAGGGAAGGGGCUCUGGAUUGGACUGAAUGCAGGAUCAACCGUGCAAUCCCUUCUGUUUUCCCUUAUAACAUGUCUCACGGAUUGGCAAAAGCAGGCAUCAAUUGCUCGGGAAAGAAUAUUUCAUGGAAGAGCUACCAAAGAGUUAGAGCACUGACUGGCCUAGUGAAAGCCCCAUAUAAUAGUAUUUUUUUUCUGAUAACCACAGCAGAUUCAGUUUACUUUGGCAAAGAUCAGGGUAACCAAUUUUUUGCUGACUCUUUGCGCAAACUCACGUGGACAAAUGAAUUACAUAACACUGGCUGAUGAAGAGGUUCAUUGGCAUUCACAACAUAAAUUUAAGAAAGCGACUAAAAAAGCAAACUAUUUCGUAGUCGAUUUAAAUAGCAGAGAUGCCAACACAUUAAACUAAGUUCGGAAAUUAUCUGAUUUCUGUGAAUCUUACUUCAUCCAAUUAAUUAUCCAUCCCAUUUUCAAUUAUGCAUACUAACAUCAUAAAAGAUUUUUACAUUAUUAGUGCAGUUUUACUUAUUGUCACAGGUACUAACCUUGUUUUUCAUGUAAUCAUUUGUACUUAGUUGUAUUUGAAUUAGCUUUUAAAUAAUUUAACUAAGGCGUAGUAUAAAACUUUUGCACGCUACACAUACUCGCUUCAACACUCUUUGUUUCUGGUCAAAUUCAGCAACUGAAGAUUAAGAAAAGUAACGUAACCCAAAAUCCAGGAGAAGUAACGUUACCUUCCUCAAAAAAAAAAAAAAAAAGUAGAAGCAAAACAA